GUGGCUCCCGCGAUGGCGGCGGAAGAGGCGGCUGCGGCGGGAGGUGACAUGUUGACAGAGGAGAGGCAGCACGUUUCUCCUGUGGUUUCACGUCAUAUGAGCCCAGGGACAAAACCAACAGCUAUGGGAUCCUUCAGUUCACAUGUGACAAAGCUUCCUAGAAAACGCAAAGGAAGUGAUUCAGACCCAUCCCAGUCAGGAAUCAUGACAGAAAAAGUGAUGGAAAAGCUUUCUCAGAAUCCCUUUACCUAUCUUCUUUCAACAAGGAUAGAAAUAUUAGCAUCUGGUGGCAGCAGAGUGGAAGAUGGUGAACAACAUGUAAAAAUGAGUCCUUAAGAGAAGCUCACAGCCAAACCGAAAAGCGGAGGAGGGAUAAGAUGAAUAACCUGAUUGAAGAACUGUCUGCGAUGAUCCCUCAAUGCAAUCCCAUGGCACGUAAACUGGACAAACUUACAGUUUUGAGAAUGGCUGUCCAACACUUGAAAUCUUUAAAAGGCAUGGCAAAUUCUUAUGUAGGAGAUAAUUAUAGACCUUCCUUUAUUCAGGAUAAUGAGCUCGGGCAUUUAAUCCUUAAGACUGCAGAAGGCUUCCUAUUUGUGGUUGGAUGUGAAAGAGGAAAAAUUUUCUUCAUUUCUAAAUCAGUCUCCAAAAUACUUAAUUAUGAUCAGGCUAGUUUGACUGGACAAAGCUUAUUUGACAUCUUACAUCCAAAAGAUGUUGCCAAAGUAAAGGAACAACUUUCUUCCUCUGAUAUUUCACAAGAGAAACGAAUAGAUGCCAAAACUGGUUUGCAAGUUCACAGUAAUUUCCACACCAGAAGGACACAUGUGCACUCUGGCUCAAGACGAUCCUUUUUCUGUCGGAUAAAGAGUUGUAAAAUCUCUGUCAAAGAAGAACCCAGAUACUUACGAAACUCAAGGAAGAAAGAUCAGAGAAAAUUCUGUACUAUCCACUGCACUGGUUACUUGAGAAGCUGGCCUCCAAAUAUUGUUGGAAUGGAAGAAGAAAGACACAGUAAGAAAGACAACAGUCACUCCACCUGCCUUGUUGCCAUUGGAAGAUUACAUCCAUGUACUGUCCCACAGAAUGGUGGAGAGAUUAAAGUGAAACCACCUGAAUUUAUAACCCGAUUUGCAAUGAAUGGAAAAUUUGUCUAUGUAGAUCAAAGGGCAACAGCAAUCUUAGGAUAUUUGCCUCAGGAACUGUUGGGAACUUCUUGUUAUGAAUAUUUUCAUCAAGAUGAUCACAGUAAUUUGACUGACAAGCACAAAGCAGUUCUACAGAGUAAGGAGAAAAUAUCUACAGACUCAUACAAAUUCAGAGCAAAAGAUGGCUCUUUUGUAACUUUAAAAAGCCAGUGGUUUAGUUUCACAAAUCCUUGGACCAAAGAACUGGAAUAUAUUGUGUCUGUCAACACUUUAGUUUUGGGGCAUAGUGAGACUGGAGAAGCACCGUUAUUUCCUCUCAGCUCUCAAUUAUCAGAAGAAUCCUCUAGACAGUCUUGCAUCAGUGUGCCUGAAGCGUCUACUGGAACAGUACUUGGUGCUGGUAGUGUUGGAACAGAUAUUGCAAAUGAAGUUCUGGAUUUACAAAGGUUACAGUCGUCUUCAUCCCUUGAUGACACAAGUCCAGCAGACUUAAUGAAAGACACUCACACUGUCAACUGCAGGAAUAUGUCAAAUAAGGAGUUGUUUCCACUAAGUCCCUCUGAAAUGGGGGAGCUGGAGCCUACCAGGCAAACCCAGAGCACAGUUGCUGUCCACAGGCAGGAACCCCUCCUCAGUGAUGGUGCCCAGCUGGAUUUCGAUGCCCUGUGUGACAAUGACGACACAGCCAUGGCUGCAUUCAUGAAUUACUUAGAAGCAGAGGGGGGUCUGGGGGAGCCUGGUGACUUCAGUGACAUCCAGUGGACACUCUAACAUUUGAUUUUUAUGUUUAAAGUACUGUAUUUAUCUUUUAUGAAUGUUCUACCAAUUUUUAUACAUUUGCACCUUACUCUCACAGGAACGUGGGGAAAUAAGAUGUUUUCCUCCAAAGAGAACCAAUCAAGAGUUUAUUACAGACCCUUUACUCAGUGAACCAGCUUAAAUUCACUAAUUGCCAUAGUUUUGCUAAAACCAAGAAUAUCAUGUACAUAUUGUUUUGGUUUUGUUUUUAUUUUUGAUGCAGUUUUUCUCAGUUUGGGGAAUUUAAUAUAUUGAUGUUUUUCUUAUGUCUAAGAUUCACUUAUAAUAGUAGGUUUGUGUAAUUUGGAACAUUCCCAUUUCUUGCUUAUUUCCUUAAUUGAGGACAGGGCUUACACACGUUAAGAAAACGGGGCGUUCUUGAACAUUUAAAGCGACAGUGUAAUUUAUAGUCAUAAUCACAAUGAAUAUUGUGUGUCAUCUUUGUAGACUUAGGCAAGCACAAAGCUGGGAUAAUUGUGCUUAAUUGAGCACUUUAAGAUGGAUAUUACAUGAGAUGAUUUCUUAUUUAAAACUCAGAAAAAGUUGAAGGAGUUUCGACUUGCUUAGAAAAAAAGAAGGAUCUUGAGCCCUAGAUCUUGGUGAUUAACCUCUGCAUAUAAUAUUUAUUCUCAGUAUAACCACUCAAGACUUUCAUUACACAUAGAACAGGUUUUUAAUGUUGAAAACAUGCUUAGUAAAAGGUGAGUCUAAGAGGAAGAAGUAGGCCCAGGAAGAUUAAAUGUCCUGUGUAAAGUCACACAUUAAAUUCACAAAUUUUUUAAUGUUUUAUGUUUAUAAACUAGUUUCUUCAUACACAUUUGGGAAGGCAACGAUCUCACUGGUUAAAUGACUAAUUAACUGACCCAGGAAUUAGCUGUGGACUUCUAGAUUAUUAGGCAAUUACGGUUAUUAUUACCUGUAACCAAAGGUAGUGGAAUAAAUAGUAAGUACAUGGUUUAAAAUCAUGAGACAAUGAAAAAUAAUUUAAAUAUCAGUUUUAAUUAAAAAUGUGGAGAGCAGUUUUUGAAUCGGUAAUUAAUCCAGAGGUGGCUCAAAUUGAAUGUUAAGUAUUAAGAUUAUUUAAAAUACUAUGUAUCUACAUAUUGGGGAUCAUACUUUUAUAACGCCUUAUGUUUUAAUAUCUAUAGUGUGUUCUCAUAUAUUCUAUAUACAUAUAUGUAUAUGUAUAUAUAAGUGUGUUCCUAUAUAUUCUCUUUUGUGCCUCACAAAUGGAAGUAAGAUAGGCUGGAACCUAAUGGACAAGCCCUCAGGCUCCAAUGUGGGAUUCAAAUCCAGUUUUCUUUCUUAUAUGGUGCUACACCUUUUCAGAAAACUUCCCCUCAGAGCCCUUCACCAAACAAAGCACUAUUUUGACCCUGCAUGAUAUUUCUCUAGCUGUAGGUGAUAGAGUAGAAUUUUCACCAGACAUGUUAAUGACAAACAUACCAACAGGCAAUAACCAAAAGCAAAUGUUCCCUUUAAGUGUGAAAUUUGCAGUGGUUGUGUGGGCAAGGAUGUGUUGGCACGUUGUUCUCUUGAGCUGAUACAGUGUUCCAGCAAUAUCAGAGGGUCAGCACCAUUCCUGGUCUGACACUUGAGGACUUGAGAGACCCCCAGGUUUAGAAUAAGCCAAAGAAACCCUACAAUGGGGAGGGGAAGGGGGGGAUUGCUGUGCAGCAGCAUAAGCAUUAUAUUAAGUCUAAAGAAGGAUGAAAGAUCACUAAAGAUUCUCUAAAUCAGGCAGAGGGGCCUGCCUAGCAAUAUAACUUUCUUAGGGGACUGAAUGAGCCAUUGCAGUUUGGGCUUGGCCUUUAAAGAGUCUACCUGAGCUAGUGGCAGCAAAAUAGACCAUCUUGGCUGGACGGCCUCAAAAGCAGGUGGGGUGCACCCUCGUGAUGCAAGGAAUUGAGAGGCAGACCACUGCUGCCUUGUACAGUGGCAGUUUCUUCUCUUUGAAAGAGGAGAGUAAUUCAACAGACCAAUGGACAGAUAGACAAUUGAAUGCUUUGUGCAUGGUUUAAUCCUUGAUCAGUCCACUCUUAUAUUUUUCUGGAGAUCCUCUUGCCCUGGACCCAGAAUCCAAUCCAUGUGGUCUGAUACUGUAGUUCUCCCAACUUUAGUGUUUCCUUCAAAAUGCAUUCCAUUAACAUUUGAUUGCUGUUAGGAGUGACAGAUAUUUUUAUGGCUUAUACUGUAUUACUUCUUUCUCCUACAAAUUACUUUGGGUGAGAAAUAAUUGAUCUAUAAAUUGCAUGAAAGUAUUAUAAAAAGAGUACUGUAGUUGUUUUUUUUUUUUUAACCCUAAGAAUUACCACUACAAUAACAGUGGAGUGGGAAGAGUGCCUAGAAUCAGAAGGCCCUAUUCAGUCUCACUUUAGCUGUGCGACCUCAGGCAAGCCAUUUAAAUUCUCUGAGCCUCAGUUUCCUCAUUUGUAAAAAGCAGUUUGAUGUCUAAGUUUACUUCCAGCUAUGAUUCUGUGAUUCCAGUCCACAGGACUUGAGCAUUACGGUAGACCCUAGAGCUGCACUGUCCAAUGCUGAAGCCACUAGCCACGUGUGGCUGCUGAGAACUUAAAAUGUGGCCAGUACAAAUUGAGAUGUGUUGCAAAUGUAAAACACAUACCAGAUUUUGAAGACUUAGUAUUACAAAAAUAAUGUAAAACAUCACAUUAACAAUUUUAUAUUAAUGACGUGUUCAAAUGAUAUUUUGGAUAUACUGAAUUAAAUAAAACAUUAAAAUUA